CCCGGGUUGGCAUCGUGGCGUGUUGUGCGGUGGCUGGGUCUCCUUGACUCCCCCGUUUCGUUGGCAACCCCGACGGACGUCAAGUGCUGUGUGUGUGUGUGUUUGUGUUUGUGUUUUUGUGUGUCUCUCAGGGCUGUCCCUCCUUCUCCAGUUUGACAUCCCUUAUCUCUCCGGGAACGAUUUGUCACGCACAGUGGCCUCUGCCUUCCUUCCUCAAGAUAAAGCCUUCGGAUAAACCCUCCCGGCCUUGGCAGUAGGCCCAAGGUGAAAAGCGGUUUCCCGCAUCCAGCCGCCGGGCUCCCGGAGGGGGCAGCUCAGAGGGUGGAGCCCCCCGCCGCCGCUGCCGCCGCGCUCCCACCCCGGCCCGGGCUCCCGGCCCAUUCCCUCCGUCCCCCCGCCUUCCUCCUCCCCCUCCCAGCCAUGGGCAUCGGCAAGAACACCACCUCCAAAUCCGUGGAGACGGGCAAUUCCACCGAGGGCAAGUAUGAAGACGAAUCCAAGCACCCCGCUUUCUUCACCCUGCCGGCGGUGAUCAAUGGGGGAGCCACCCCCAGCGGUGACCAGGACACGGAGGACACCGAGCUGAUGGCCAUCUACACCACGGAGAAUGGCAUCGCCGAGAAGAGUUCCCUUGCAGAAACCCUGAACAGUACGGGAAGCUUGGAUCCUCAGAGAACCGAUAUGAUUUAUACGAUAGAAGAUGUCCCUCCGUGGUACCUGUGCAUAUUUUUGGGGUUACAGCAUUACCUGACGUGCUUCAGCGGCACCAUCGCGGUGCCCUUCCUGCUGGCCGACGCCAUGUGCGUGGGUUUCGACCAGUGGGCCACCAGCCAGCUCAUCGGAACCAUCUUCUUCUGCGUGGGAAUCACCACCCUGUUGCAGACGACCUUCGGAUGCAGGUUGCCCCUGUUUCAGGCCAGCGCCUUUGCCUUCUUGGCUCCCGCUCGAGCGAUCCUGUCUUUGGAUAAAUGGAAAUGUAACACCACAGACCUUUCAGUUGCCAAUGGAACGCUGGAGCUGUUGCACACGGAGCACAUCUGGUAUCCGAGAAUCCGGGAGAUCCAAGGGGCCAUCAUCAUGUCGUCGCUGAUCGAGGUGGUGAUCGGCUUCCUGGGCCUGCCCGGCGCCCUGCUGAAGUACAUCGGCCCGCUGACCAUCACCCCCACCGUGGCCCUCAUCGGCCUGUCCGGCUUCCAGGCGGCCGGAGAGCGAGCCGGGAAGCACUGGGGCAUCGCCAUGCUAACUAUUUUUCUAGUGCUGCUGUUUUCCCAAUAUGCCAGAAAUGUCAAAUUCCCCCUCCCAAUUUACAAAUCGAAAAAAGGGUGGACAGCCUACAAGUUGCAACUCUUCAAAAUGUUUCCCAUCAUCCUGGCCAUCUUGGUGUCGUGGCUGCUGUGCUUCAUCUUCACGGUGACGGACGUCUUCCCCCCCGACAGCACCAAAUACGGCUUCUACGCCCGCACGGACGCUCGCCAGGGAGUUCUCUUCGUCGCCCCUUGGUUUAAAGUCCCCUAUCCAUUUCAGUGGGGGCUGCCGACGAUCUCGGCGGCCGGGGUGAUCGGGAUGCUGAGCGCGGUGGUGGCCAGCAUCAUCGAGUCCAUCGGCGACUACUACGCCUGUGCCCGGCUGUCCUGCGCCCCGCCUCCGCCCAUCCACGCCAUCAACAGGGGGAUUUUCAUAGAGGGCCUGUCCUGUGUCCUGGACGGAGUGUUUGGCACCGGGAACGGAUCUACCUCUUCGAGCCCCAACAUCGGAGUGCUGGGCAUCACCAAGGUGGGCAGCCGGAGAGUCAUCCAGUACGGGGCCGCCCUGAUGCUGAUGCUCGGCAUGAUCGGGAAAUUCAGCGCCCUGUUUGCAUCCCUCCCGGAUCCGGUGCUUGGAGCCCUCUUCUGUACUCUCUUCGGCAUGAUCACUGCCGUGGGAUUGUCCAAUCUACAGUUCAUCGACUUGAACUCUUCCCGGAAUCUCUUCGUGCUCGGAUUUUCAAUCUUCUUCGGACUCGUCCUGCCCAGUUAUCUCAGACAGAACCCAUUGGUCACAGGGAUUUCAGGGAUCGACCAAGUGCUCAAUGUUCUGCUGACAACAGCGAUGUUCGUGGGAGGCUGUGUGGCUUUCGUUUUGGAUAACACCAUCCCAGGCACCCCAGAAGAGCGGGGGAUCCGCAAGUGGAAGAAAGGGGUGGGCAAAGGGAGCAAGCCCGUGGACGGCAUGGAGUCCUACGAUCUGCCCUUCGGCAUGGACACGGUCCGGAAAUACCGCUGCUUCAGCUACCUGCCCAUCAGCCCCACCUUCGUCGGCUACUCCUGGAAGAAACUCCGGAAGGGCAGUCGCUGCAGGGGGCCGGAUUCCGACCGGGACCCGGACCGGGACGAGGACGAGGACACGCCCACCGUAUAGCCGUCCCCUCCCCA